UUUUUUCCUUCCAUUUUUCUGUUACUUCCUUUGCCUGCCUAGAUUUGAUCUGGAACUCCCGGAUGGAAAUAAGCAGGUGCGUGGCGUCACCUCGAAAGGAGGGGCCUGCUCAAGGUUUUGGAGCUGCGUCAUCGCCGAAGACACGGGCUUCGGUUUGGGCAUCACCAUUGCGCACGAGAUUGCCCACAGCUUUGGGAUUGACCACGAUGGAGAAGGGAACCGCUGCGUGGCAGACCGACACGUUAUGGGCUCCGAAGGGGGACACAACAGUGUGGACCUGACAUGGUCGGUCUGUAGCAGAGAACAGCUGCAGGAAUUUGUCGGUACAGGCCAAGCAAGCUGCACAGAUGAUUUGCCUGUGUUAAAGACCAGUCUGCCGGAAGCAAAGCCUGGCUUGUAUUUUGGGGCAGACGAGCAGUGCAAAAUUGCCUUCGGUUCGGGGGCUUUGGCCUGCACUUUCAGCUAUGAGGUGGACAUGUGCCAAGUUCUCUCUUGCCACACCAAUUCGGCCAACCCAUCCUCCUGCUCUCGGCUCCACGUCCCGCUUCUGGAUGGAACCGAAUGUGGGAUCAACAAGUGGUGUUUCAAAGGGCGCUGCAGCUCCCUAGAAGAUCUGUCUCCGGUUAGCAUGGUGCACGGGCAGUGGUCCGCCUGGGGAUCCUUCACUCCCUGUUCCAGGAGCUGUGGAGGAGGGAUCACGUCAAGACAACGACAAUGCAACAACCCCCGACCUGCUUUUGGAGGGCAACCAUGCCAGGGAGAAACCUUGCAAGCCGAGAUGUGUAACGUGCAGCCCUGCCGGAAGACCCAGAUGGACUUCAUGGAUGAGCAAUGUUCAGCCACCAACAUGAAGCCGCUCUACCUUCACCAGCAGUUGCCUUCCUUCUACAAGUGGGUUUCAGCAGCUGGCUAUGCCAAAGGAGAUGCUCUGUGCCAAUAUAUGUGCCAGGCAGCUGGGAAGAAUUUCAUGGUGAGCCGUGGGGACCGAUUCAUUGAUGGGACUAGAUGCAGGAAAAGUGGCCUGGCAGACAAGGAUGCCUUUGCUUUGUGUGUGAUGGGCCGCUGUAGGGCGUUUGGGUGCGAUGGCCGGAUGGACUCCGGAAAGAAGAUGGACGCAUGCCAAAUAUGCGGAGGAGACGGCACAUCCUGCGUAAACGUGAAGGGCUCUUUUACUGAGGGAAAAGCCAGAGAGUACACAACCUUCCUGACGCUGCCUCCUAACACAACCUCAGUCCACGUGGUCAACCGGAAACCCCUCUUCACCCACUUGGCUGUGAAAAUUCAAGGACAAUACACCGUCGCCGGGAAAGGCCUCGUUUCUUUAAACGUCACCUACCCUGCGAUCUUGGAAGACAAUCGGUUGGAGUACAAGGUCUUCCUUACAGGAGAUAAUCUCCCCAGUUUGGAGGAGAUUCACCUGGCUGGACGAGUCCAGGAAGAGACAGAGAUACAGGUUUACAGGAAAUACGGGAAAGAAUAUGGAAGUGCCACCAGCCCUGAUAUCACCUUCAGCUACUUUAGGCCGAGUGAAAAAGAGAGCCACACUUGGACGGCCCAGCUCAGCCAAUGCUCAGUCACCUGUGGGACAGGCACGCUGCAAGUGCGUUACUCCUGCUUUGAUCAGGCAAGAGGCGAGACGGUGGAGGACUUCUAUUGCGUCAAGAUGCCAAAGCCGCCUUCUAGGCGAGAAACAUGCGCGGUGAAACGCUGCCAACCGCACUGGAAGAAAUCACAGCUGGCCAGAUGCUCUGCCGUUUGUGGCUUGGGGGUGGCCACGUGGCACGUGACCUGUGUCCAGGCCGUUGACGGGCUGGAAUCCACCGUGGAUGAGAGGUUGUGUCCAGCCGGCCAGAAACCUCCGGCCUUCAUGCCUUGCACUGUGGACGUCUGCCCAUUGGGAUGGAACACGGAAUCGAAGUCCGGGGCUCCGGAAGAGCGAGACCGGAGUGGAAACCAGUCUGUGUACGUCUGGAGCCCCUUGGCUAGGAAGUGUCCCGUCUCCUGCGGAGGAGGGCGGAUGUUGCUGAGUUACGUCUGCUUGGCUUUUGACACUAAAGAGGAAACAGAGGAGAGGCUCUGUAACCUGACGCAGAAACCAGCGAGCCGUCUCGAAAUUUGCAACCCUGAGCCAUGCCCACCAAGGUGGUUUUACAAGCAAGGGGCGUGCAGCGUUACCUGCGGCGAAGGUGUCAUGCGCAAAAUCUUAUACUGUGCGCGAGGGGCUGAGGAGGAGGAAGAGGAGGAGAUCCUGCCCGACGCAUCCUGCGAAGACUCGCUGCGUCCCCAAGAACAGGAAACCUGCCACCUGGAGCCUUGUCCACCCAGCUGGAAGGUGGCUGAGCGAGGGCCUUGCUCCUCUUCGUGUGGGCUUGGCGUCUCUACCCAAUCCGUGUCCUGCGUGAGGCUUUCGGGAGGCCGGGAGGUGGAGGUGGCCGAGGGCCAGUGCUCCGAAGCGGAGAAGCCGCUUUUGGUCGUGCCCUGCAUUCUCCGGGUCUGCCCUUACGAAUGGGGGUUCACCCAGUGGACGAAGUGCUCUGUCUCCUGUGGAACUGGCAUCCAGAGACGGCAGGAUUUCUGCCUCAACCCCCAAACCAAGACCCGGGUCAGCCCUCUCUUGUGCACGCAUGUUCCUAAACCCAUGAUGGUGAGAACAUGUUCCCCCACCUCCUGCCUCGAACAGGCCACGAUGAAGUCAGAUCUGCAACCAGGUGUCCCAACAGCAACCCGGCCUUCAACGGCAGGGCUCCUGACUCCUCCUCCUGAGCUCACUCUUCCUCUCAAAGGAUGGCAGGACCAGGCCUUCAAUCGUCCAUGGUCCAAAGGAGAAGAUCCUCAGAAGAAAGAAACCAAGGGAGAUAUCGUGGAGGAACCCAGUAUCUGUGGAAGGCAGUGGCUGAAUCCCAGCGGAAUAAUCAACAUGACGGGUGUGCAAGCCAGGAUUUGCACGGUGGCCAUAGGCCGGCCUUUAGGGGAGACGAUCGCAGUCCAGGUGUUGCACAGUUCCUUGAACUGCAGCGCAGGGGAAAUAUUGCUCUUUUCAACACGGACGAUGUGGCGGAUGGCUUGCAAGAAACUGAAACUGCUGGCGGUGAACACCCGCACCAACACCCUGAUUGUGAGGCAACGCCGGCUGUUGCCGGGCAGUGGCGUUGUGCUACGCUACACCAGCAGAUUGGCCGAGAGGAGGCACCAUCAAGCCUGCGAUAGGCAGCUGUUUGGUCCCCGGGGGCUCAUCCUGAACCCAGGACUGUCGCCGGAUGGGGAACGGCAGAUGGCUUGCAGGAUAUUUAUCGACGUGGCGCCCCACCUGCGCAUCGCCGUACACGCGGUGUACGUGGCAUUCCAAAAAACGGCCAACGAAACACACUCCAGCUACAUUUCGAUUCGAGAUGUCCAGUCCUUGAGGACUACCGUCUUCCAUGGGAACCGUCUUUUCUACUGGGAAUCCAUUGGCAGCCGAGCUGAGAUCGAGUUCAACCAAGCCCUGGCCAACGCCAGCUUCCGAGCAGAGUACUGGGCCACCAAGUAGCCCUCUAGGAGAUUGGCCGAUGUGGAAAGUGCCGCCAAGGGAGGGGAUUGCAGAAUUGUCGGAAGGGACCCCGGGAGGCCCUCUAGUCAAACCCCACCCCUGCUCCAAUCGGACAGGAGGCAGGAAAGGGGCCGCUGCUGAGCUCUCUCUCCUCAAAAAACAUGGAAGCAUAGGCCUUCCCAGACAUCUCUUAUGCCUCUGUUUUUGCAAACAAUCAUUGAUUGUCUUCUUUGUUGGUGCUUCCGUCAAGCUACACAAAGCUGGAUUGGGUCAGUCAAAAGUUCUGCCUUUUAAUAAAACAUGUUACUUGCAGGGGGGACGGG